UCGGGGCCUGUCGGGGCCUGUCGGGGCCUGUCGGGGCCUGUCGGGGCCUGUCGCCUUUGGGAUGUGUUCUUGUGUUCCCCCAUUGUUUGUGCUGGAAGAAUUUGUAGUAAAUGUCCGAAAAAAGGGGGAAAAAAAGGGGUAAUUUUGUUGAACUUCACACAUCCAGGAUGGCGGCUGGAGGGCAGGAUCCCGGCUGUGGUUCCCAGGUUGCAGAUGGCAGCGCUGUGAUGGUGAAGUCACUGCAGCCCCAGCUCUGUUUGUUGCUGUAGAGCUGAUAGUUCUAAAGCAGCUCAGCUGACAUUGAACAAGGUCUGAGUUACCCACCAAAGCUGCCAAACCCCCCCCAAAAGGAGCUGGGUGGGAUGGUGGGUGUCCAUUUAACAUGGGAUGCAGCAGCUUUGCCACACAGCCCUGUGCUGUGUGCCCCAAAUGCUGCCUUUAAUGGCUCCUUGUUUAAAGAAAAUACAUGUAAGGACACACAAAGCACAGGGCACCUCACAGCUGCGCUGUGGCAAUAGAAGCUGAUGCAGGUUAGGAUGGAAUCAGGCUGGUUCGCAGUUAAAAGCCUGCACUGUGUCUGUCUGCAGCUUCCAGGCCUGGCGUUACCCAGGGGGAUGUUGUGGCUGGUGGGUUGUAGAUUAACAAAGGUGAGAAGCACAAGUGGAAUCUCAGCAGAGCCUUCCCUGAGGUCACAGCGGUGCCUACAAGCAAUAUAAAGAAACAAUGAUAUUGCAUGAGCCUUCUGCUCCUGUGAGCCUGUGUUCUGCUCUGGCCAUUCAGCAGAUAUGAGGAGCUGCAGCAGCUGGACACCAUGGGAUAAAUAUCCAUUAGAACUCCAGCACUGACCAUUUACAUGGCUCUGUUUGUGAGUAUGUUUGAGUUUAAUCCAUGUCAGCUGAGUCUGGGUUCCUGACGUGCACCAGAUAAGGACUGCUGGUUGCUGAUGCCUCUUUGGCUUUUUAUCUCGCUUUUAUUCCCACUCCCCCCUCCUUAACUGUAGCUUUGAGGUGACACAAACACUGUUGAUAGGAGAAACUCUUAACGUGCUUGUGCUGAAGUCUCACCUGGUGCACAAUGCCUGCUGCUUACCGCAGCUUUCGAUGCAGUGUGCCAUGGCUGAUCCUCUCUCUGGAAGCUGCCUUCAUCGUCCUCUUUUACUUCUUGUUCUCAGAUGUGGGUGCAGGAAUUCAUUAUGCAGCCCUGCAGGAUGUCAGCCACGUGCUGGUUUUUGGCUUUGGCUUUUUCCUGAUGUUUUUGAAGCGAUACAGUUUUAGCAGCGUGGGAUUCAACCUCCUGAUCAUCGUCCUUGGUGUCCAGUGCUCCAUCCUGAUGGAAAAUGUACCAGUUCUCCUGAGUGACAGAACACUGGAAGGCAGCCUGAGCAGCAUAGUGCAAGCUGCUAUGAGCAUGGUUGCUGUGGUCAUCUCCAUUGGAGCUGUUCUUGGGAUGAUUAAUCCCAUGCAAUCAAUUGUGAUGACAAUUGUAGAGAUCAUAGUUUUCUGUAUGAGCAGAUGGAUCAACGAGAACAUCCUGGAGGUUUCAUACCACGUGAGCAUGAUGCACGUUCACUUGUUUGGGGCAUACUUUGGUCUGGCUGUAUCCUCACGUUUCUCUGAGCCAUCACCAAGGUCUGACAAGAAUGCAAGUACUUCACAAUCGGACUUGUUGGCAAUGUUGGGCACUCUCUUUCUCUGGGUGUUCUGGCCAAGCUUCAAUUCUAUACUGGCACUGGAAAAGAAUAAAGCAAUCCUCAACACCUGCUUAGCACUUGCAGUGAGCGCCGUAACUGCCUUUGCCUUGUCUGGUCUGACCACAAAGGAUGGCAAGUUCAGAAUGUCCCAUAUCCACAGGGCAGCAAUGGCUGGUGGGGUGACUAUUGGUUAUGCAGCAAGCAGCAUCAACUAUCCCUGGAUUGCAAUGAUUUUGGGUCUGCUUGCUAGUGUGAUAAGCAUAUUGGGAUCCUUCUGUUUACAGAGUUGCUUCAACCCUCCUCUCAAGAUUCACGAUGCAUCUGGAGUUCAUUUCACGUUUGGUUUGCCUGCUGUGCUUGGAGCUCUUGCCCAGGUUGUUUUCUUUGUAAUGGAAAUCCAGACUACGUUACCGAGCAUUGGUUACCAGGUCAUAUUGAACAUCGGGGCUUUCUGUUUCACCAUCAGCACUGCCUUGAUUGCAGGCCUUAUUACAGGUUUAAUCCUAAACCUCAAACUGUUGAAGCCCACCCCUGUCUCCAAGUACUUUGACGACCAGAUGUACUGGGAGUUUCCUCAUUUGGCUGUUGGAUUUUGAGUGGAUGAAACCAAAAAGACCUGACUGAGAUCUGUAUUUAUCGCCUGAGAGAAUGAGUAACUACGAUGAAACAGCACUUAAUUAUCAAUUAACACACUUAAAAAAGCAUUCCCAAUGGACACGUGAAAAGUCUGCAAUAAAACGUUCAUUAUUCCUGAACAAUCAGGACAUAUAUUUACAGAUGGAGAAAUGUAUAAUCCAUUUUCUUCUGUUUUGAUAAUUUUACCUUAACUAUUUUUGUAGUAUAUGUACAGAAAGCUGCUGUCAUGGCUUAUCAAUUAAAAGGUGUGGAAGCUUUUAAAGCUGUAUUUAGUUCAAAUGUGCGCAGUGCACUUACUCUGAUCCAGCGCAGUGCUGAAGUUCUUGUUUAUAAUUUAAUUUAUAUAUAUAUAUCGAAGGCCUUGUUAAGCAGAGAUUUGAUGACUGAGAUGGAACUCCACGCUGUGCCAGAAUGAACUCAUAUUAUCUCUAUAAAGAAAAACCUGUUGUUGGCUCAGCCUAUUUGGAAGAUCUGAUGGCAAGAAAUGACGAGCAGAACCCCCUGGGUUUCUACUGGGGGGGCAGCCAACCUGGCAAUGAUUCCUUGAGUACUGCCAGCUAAAGGCCUUCCUUUUGAUUUGAAUGAGGUAAAGCAGAUUCCUGCUCGUAGAGUACUCCAGCUGAGACAUGCAGGGGCUUCGGUGCUCAGAGGAUGCUGUGAAAACAUGUUUUUAAGUGGAUGUUGGUCUUAAUUUUUUUCUUCAUUUCAAAUUAGUUGAUGGUUUUUUUUUUUUUCUAACUGCUUACAUAAUUAAAGAAGUGGACCCUU